AUCGUUUGCGACGCACAACCCACGUCACGUACGCCCUGCACGGCCCUCGCCAUCCUAUAACGCAAAUCCAGCCGUGAGCCCUACGCCUUCAACCUUCAAUCAAGCUCCUACUCCCGUAUCAAACUCGUUCGAACACCACCUCCAAAACGCGCUUCAAACCUCAACAUGCUGCAUCGCAACCCGGCUCAUCCCACGCCCAACGUCCGCGGCGAAGACGAAGCAGAGCUACAAUACCUCAUCAACAUUAUCGAGAGCAAGUCUUCUCUCAUCUCCCCCCUCUUUCCACGACUGUUCCUGAAUACAUCCACAGCACUGUCCUACCAACUCUCCCCUGCCCCGCACAAACACCCCGCCGUCCUCGUCGGCCGGCAUCCAAAGCCGCCUUCCCCAUCACCAACGUACGUCGCCGCUGUGUACAGCAUGUCGAAAGGCGGGGCGAAGGCGCUGGAGAUGGGGCCGGAAACGGGUGGCACUAGGAAGGAGGCUUUGAGGCGGCUGUUGGAGAUUGUGGAGGGGGAGUUAGGGAGGGAGAUGGUGAGGGAUGGGUGGAGGGAUGGGUGGAGGAAGGAAUAG